UAGCGAGGCGGGGUUUAGGCGGGGUCGAUACGAUACGGUUUGGUACAGUAAGUGCGGGUAUCGAACUAUAUCAAAAAGUUUAUAUCAGUGGUGGAGACCCAGCGGCAGCGCGGUGUGUAUAUUCGGGUUUUAAUACGCGACCUAUGAAAAUCAUCAUCAUCCACCGGUGACGACGGCGAGGCUGGUGCGCGCUCGAUGAAUUAUUUCGAGUAUACAACCGUCGUCCUACCGUUUGAGAGGCGUCGCUCGGUUUUGGCGCUUAUUCGCUCUUUAAAUCCCGUGUGCUGAGACGUGAGCCAGUGCUGCAGAAGCCACGAUGGUGCGGCGGUACGUCGAGGGUUCUUUGGAUCGGGCCUUGAGGCAGUCGGCGGCGUUGCCGCACCUACCGUUCCUAGCAUAACAAGUAUUCCGAGACCAGUGAGCGAGCGAGCCAACGAGUGAAGUUCCAAGCGAACGCGAGCGCUCUACGUCGUUGCCACAUCUACCCCGAGGAGCUUACGGCUCGGGCUUACUGAUUUUUCUGCGCUGGAGUAAACGAGAUGGCCGUGGCCGACGGGACGAGGAAACCAUUGGUCAAAGAUUUACACGACCACAUCGUGUGCCCGCUGUGUCGCGGGUAUCUGAUAGAUGCGACUACGCUGGUCGAAUGUCUGCAUUCCUUUUGCAGGGGUUGCAUCGUUCGCCGUCUUGGUAGCGGUGCUCGGGCCUGUCCGGUCUGCGGCGCGCUGACGCUUCCGCCUCUGUUGCCGGACCUGGCCCUGCAGCAUCUAGUCUACUUGGCCGUGCCGGGACUCUACCGCUCGGAAUUGGAGAGAAGACGUCACUUCCGCUUGGUGAAUCCCCAGUGUCCGCCGCCCGCCCCGCCCCUCGGUGGCCUAACGUUGACCCUCGACGACGCAGUGAGUCUAAGCCUCUGCGAGAUUGUGAACACGGACGACGUCGUCGCGGCUGCGGAGGAACCGCGCCGGCGACGGCGACGCCCGCGGCCAACGACGGAAAACGGCAACGACGUCGGCGAGCUGGUGCAUGAAUACGCCGAUGAGGAGAAUUCGAAUGGCAGGGGACAAAUCAGGUACCUCAAAUGUCCCGCCGGCGUCACCGUCAGACAUUUGGUCAGACUUUUGGCCCUAAAACGUGGGUGGGGCGACGCCGAGGCUAAAUUACCCCUCAAGAGGAUCGAGAUGUUGUACGAAUAUCCUAAAGUCCAACCCUCGCUUCCCGACAAGAAUUAUACCGGUAAGCCGGAUAUGCGACCCCUCGAACUUUCCUGGACUCUACUCGACCUCGCGUGCAUCUUCAAGUGGGACAAGGAAACCCCAAUGAAGUUGUACUACCGGGUAGUACAGCGAUCGGAAGAAACGAUACUCCAGCAGCAGUCAGGGGUACCGAUAUCACUAAGUUCCUAUAACAACACUGCCAACAACAAUAACAGUACAAUUGGAAACAAUUCAAACGUGAUGGAAAACGUCCAAAGACCGCCAACCCCACCGCCAAGUCCAAAGCAAUCGUCUAAUCCGGAAAUGAGAACGUCGGUGCAGCCACAACCCGCACAGUUAUCGAAUACGUCGAAGCCAAGGUGCAAACCGACGAUAAAAAGUCUCGAAAUAUUAAAACCGGUAAGCGGCGUGGUGAGAAAAGUCAGCAAAGAACGAACGGAGUCUGAAAUCCUCGUGGAAAAUACGGAAGAAACGGAUCCCGCAGUCGUGGCAAAGUCCUUAAAUCCGAUUUCGGUCGAGCUGCCCGCGCCGCAGCAGCAGCAGCAGCAGCAGCAGCAGCAAUUGAUAAGCAGCUGCGGCGUGCAGGAAACGGUCGCCCAAUCGGUGGACGCGAACGGGUCUCCGGUGCCGAGUGGCGAGACGAACGGUGUAAAGAUAAAAAAGCCGCGCUGCAAAGUUACGCCGGUGAUGCGAGCCCCGGGACUCCAGGGAAGCUGCAGCGCCGCGGGUACGGUAAAUUCUGGGGGAACGGAGAGCAACAAGAGCGGAAGAAAGUUGCCGAGGCUGGAGCACCACAAGCGGCGGAAACGACGGAACAAAAGAUUGAUAGCCGAGAUAACGACGACGCCGAGGGAAGACCUGCUCAAACUGAAAGUCCGACUGACUCCGUGCCCGCCUAGGAUCACAUCCAGCUCCGGAAGUGCCAAGGAGAAGCUGCUGCAGAUGAGAGCCGUACGCAGAGAGAAAAUCAAGACCGGGACCGAACGCCCCCAGACGCCGCCGCCCUCUCUGCCCCUGACACCGCCGCCGUCGGCCUCGAUCGACGGAUCGCCGAUACUCCUCGGAACCGCGACGACUAACAACGAAGAGACGGUCGUGGCUGAACAGCCCAGGAUUGCAAAGGACUCGGUUGCGAACGCAGCGUCCAGCGGAGAUCCUCUUCCGGCUCAUCUGCAGGAGGAAACGAUCGAGGAAAUAAUAGACGGAAUACCGGAUGAGGUUGUCCGGGUUGCGCAGAUCAUGAAUAAGAGCAGCGGUGUGAAGCCAAUUGCCGCAGCGUCGCCGAUCGAGGAUCAGAAGAAGUGCUCCGGAGUUCAAGUUAUUACCGUCGAGGAUGAAGUUCAAGAGGUGCAGGAGUCGAAACAGCAUAAGAAGAAGGACGUGCAGGAGACUGCGAAGAAGAAAAGCAUCUUCAAGGUCGAGGAUCGUGACCAGCGCGAGGGGGUCGAGUCAGCAACGAGCGUGGUUGAAGUGUGCGAGAAACCCGAGGAGAAACCGAAGGACGAAGAAGUGCUGCGAAGACUCGGACUGGUGGCGAUAAGCGAAGCGAGCAAGACGCUUCAGGACAAGAUCCGCAACUCUCAAAGCAGCGGCGGCGGCGGCGGUGCCGGCGGAGGGAUAGACUAUCAUCGCGAGUCCUUGGAGAGACAGCUACGGGAGAGCAAAGCGAACCGGGUGCGAAGCCUGCUCGCUGAGAAGCAAAUGCGCGAUGCGCUGAAGAGCAUAAUGUCGAAGUCGAAGCCGGAGGGCCUGCAGGCGGGCUCGAGCAACGGGCCCAAGAAGGGGCCGCCGCCCCUGGCGCCGCUGACCCUGAAGCAGGGCUUCUCGGUGCCGCCGAAAAGCGCGCACCCGGUACAGACGAAGGUGAACCCUCACCACGUCGGGCUGAUCUCAUCGUCAGCUAGGAGCCGCGGCGCCGGUUCCAAGAUCGAAAAGCCCCUCGAUCUGAGCAGCGGGGCGAACAACGCUCUGGAUCUUUCGCCGACCCCGAGCUGCAGCAACCCGGUCAUAACGAGCACGACCUACUCGACCUCGCCUGCAGCUCCGCCGACGGCGAGCAAGCCGACGCCGACGACGACGGCCCGCGGAGUCGUUGGCGCCGACAAGUCGCCGGAGCGGGACGUCAAGAAGAAUCAGGAUCUGAAUUUGCGGACGCUUUCCGACGCCGCGGUAUCUCUCCUGAGGACCAGCCCUACUCAAGCCAGCGCCGCUCCCUGCAAUCCUACCCUCGAUCAUCAGGUGCAGAGAGUAACCGCCACGAACAACUCGACGAACGUGCAGAGCAGCGGCAACAAGGUUGCUCUGCGCAUACCUCAGCCUCAUCAGAGAAUAUCCGGGUUCGGUAACGGGAUGAAAAUCAAACCGAACCUAGCUGUCAGGCACAUUCCAAAUCCUCAAGCCUUUGUCGCCUCGCAGUAUAACAGGAAUCAGAGGACGUCUACGGGCUUUUUUACCGCUCAACAACAGCCUCCUUAAUUAUCGCAGGAAUUUAUCCGGCAUCGUCCUUACAAACGAUAGACAGUCACAGUCCGACAUAUCCCCUGUACUUUUCCUCGUGCGUUUAUUUUUUUUUUGCAUUUGCAUUUGCAUUUGCAUUUGCUUUCCAGUAUAUUCGCAUGAUCCUUAUAUGCUUUGGACAAGGAAAUAUGUAUGCGCAACUUAUGUAUGACACCAGUUGUUACGAGUAUCCUUAUAUUAUUUAUGUAUAAUUACCGUGGCUCUAUAAACAUGAAACUGCAAUUUAAUUUUAUCACUGUACCGAAGCAGUGGUAUACGAACCAAGGCGACGUAGACUAUAAUACUUAUAAUUCGUAUAUAGAACGAGAAGAAAUACACAUAUACAAGUAUAGUGUAUGCCUACCUGUAACACAUAUUAUACUAUAUACCUAUACCUAUAUAAUAGAGACGUGUUUACGUGUAUAACUAUUCGUCUAUAUGUAUAAUAUAGAGAUGCCAAAGAAUGUCAAGAGAACGUGUGCAAUGUCGUAGUGCAAUCUAACUAUAAUUAGCAAUGAUAAUUGAAGAGAAAAGGAAGAGAAAAAAAACUUAGAAACAAAAAUUUCAAAAACAAAAAUACAAAAACAAACUAAUAUCCAAUGUUAUUAUUAUGUAAUAUGAUAUACUCGUAUACAUAAAUGAAUACCAACAUAUAUUCCUAUUUAUAAAUCCUAUAUUGGUAUAAUGAUAUGCGAAAGCGCCUAUAUAAGUAUAAUGUCUAGUGUACACUGGAAAAUUUUAAUCCAUGCGUCAAUGAUUUAUUUAUUUUUUUUUUCCAAACCCAUAUGUCGCAGACUUGGUUUAUCUUUUGUUUCAAACCUGGUUUCGUAAUAUUCAUUAUAUGUUAUACAAACUCAACCGGAUCUUUGAUCCUCGUGCAUUUAUUGAUAUGUAUGGUAUACUUGAAACAUAAAGAAUUAUUUUGCGAAUUGCAAAACGCGUGAGAUAAACUUCAACAACAUAAAGAAAGUUAGUAAAUAGGAAAGUAAUAUGGAUUUUACUUUCACCGCAUGUUUGGAUGCAUAAUCAUCGAAUAGAAACCCUAAUAUGAAAAGAAUCGUGAAGGAAAAUUAAAUCCGAAAGAAAAAAUAGAAAAACAAAUCUAAUGUACUUUAUAACAUGUCAAAUUUGAUUGGCUCUAAGUUUUGGGAUCCUGUUCUCAUAUUUCCCAAUAUUCUCGAAACAAUAUAUAAACUUAUAGGUACGUACAUUGUACGUACAUCUACGUUAGGGUAGUCCUUACUUAGGGCUGGGAUUAAUUUUAUCAUUCAGCCCCCAAAUCGUCUCCAAAUAAUUCAAAACCAAUUUCCGAAUUGUUUCAGAUUUUUAUCUCCACUCUAACCCCUGCAUGUAAGAGGCUGGAUUUCCCCAUUUGAAAUACACGUGUUUCGGCUAUAUUCUUAGUAUAUAUUUUAUUGUACGGGUAUAAAUCUAAAAUAAAAGUGAUAUUUAGAUGGUGUGCAAUUCGUUUACAUUGCCAAGUAUGACGAUGCAAACUUUUUAUCAAAUAGUAUAAGCAUCAAAGCCUACGAAACGCUUGCAGUUAUAAAUUUUUCUGCAAAUUAUUACUCUUACAAUAAAAUACUCACUGAGACUAUAGCCGAAAGGCGUUAUUUCGAAUGGGAAAAUCCACCCUCGUACAAGGCUGCAUGGGGUUAGCGUGGAAACAAAAAUGUGACAAAAUUAGGGAAUUGUUGAAUAAGAACCACCCUAAUCUACGUACACGCUUUGAUGCGUCUGUAUGAUUAGAUUGAAGUACGAAUCCAUCAUUAGACUGUGGUGAAAGAAAUUUUUUCACUUUCGUAUAAUACACAAGAAUGGGUAAGC